AAUCGUGUUUCCGGCACAUGUGCUUCGUGUUGUUCGGGUGAAAUAAAAGUGAAAAUGAACGUUAUUCCAUGUCUCACGUGGGUCAGGCGUGGGAUUGCCAAGUCCAUGCCAGACAAGGUCCAGUUGUCAAAAGAAGAACUAAGGAAAAUCAUUGAAGAAACAAAGGGUGCCAUAGAUGAGAAUGAGAAAGAGUGGAGCGAUGUAGACAGUGAUGACACCUCAGCCGAUGAGGAUACACUGGAGGGGGCUACGGCACCAGAGCCCAAGUCACAGAAAGUAAAACCACAGACUCUCGGCAAGAGGAAGAAGAGAGAGGAAGUUGAUGAACCAGAGGUGGAAGAUGGAGACGUAGUCAAAAAAUAUGGAUUGGAUGAUUAUGAUGAAAAUGAUGACGAGAUUGUGAAUCCACUCCAUGGCAUUGGGAAAUUAGCAUUUUACUCCAGUAAUGAUGAUGACCCAUACAUCACCCUGAAAGACGAAGACAGUGAUGAAGAAGAUUUUGAAAUCAAACCUUCAGACAACUUGAUUUUAACAGGCAGAUCUCAAGAGGAUGCCUGUUUGCUUGAAGUCAGUGUGUUUAAUGAAGAGUAUGGUAACCUGUAUAUCCACCAUGAUAUUUUGUUACCAUCUUUCCCUCUAGCCGUGGAAUGGUUAAAUUAUGACCCGGCUGAUGGUAGAACAGGUAAUUUUGUCGCAGUGGGAACAAUGCUACCAAGUAUAGAUAUUUGGGACUUGGAUUUAGUAGAUUCCCUAGAACCUGCCACUACAUUACAAGGGAAAGUUAAGAAAAAGUCUGCCAAAAAGAAAGGUACAGUUGGGGGACAUGCAGAUGCUGUGUUGGACCUGUCUUGGAACUCCAUACUCAGGACUGUGUUAGCUAGUGCGUCAGCAGACAGUACCGUGGGACUGUGGGACCUGUCACAGGGCAAAAUAGCCACAUCACUCAGACAACAUGCUGACAAGGCUCAGUGUGUGGCCUGGCAUCCUUUUGAAGCGCAAUCCCUUUUGUCUGGGUCGUAUGAUCAUACUGUGAAGGUGUAUGACUGUCGCAGUCCAGUAGACGGUCACAAAUCAUGGGAUCUUAAAGGAGAGGUCGAGAGAGUGACCUGGAACCAUUUCUCUCCCUUUCAUUUUCUGGCAAGCACAGACAAAGGCACAGUGUAUUGUCUGGACGUGAGGUCCGACAAACCCAUCUACACACUAUCUGCACACACAGAGGCUGUUACAGGAUUGUGUCUGAGCAAUCAGGUGGCAGGUCUUCUGGUAACCGCCUCCUCUGACAAAAGCAUCAAGAUUUGGGACACACAUGACAGUAAACCCUCCCUAAUCCUGGAAAAAGACAUGAAAAUGAAUGAGAUACAUUGCCUGGAAUCCUGCCCGGAAUCUCCGUACACAUUUGCCAUAGGCGGUCAGAGUGAGCUGAAGGUGUGGGACAUCAGAGAAAGUGCUUCAGUCAAAAGGCACUUCCAGGGUAGAGGAAAAGAAACUGUUGAUACAGCAGCUGGGAAAGACACAGACAGGAACACCACGCAUGAUGCAGCUGCUGUCGCCAUGGAGACACUCAAUUUAGGUUCAACAAAUACAGAACAGAAGAAGACAAAGAAAAAACGAAAGAAGACAAAGAAGCCAAAGUGAUACAGGAACAGUUCGGUAGAUUUUAGUCUAAACUCACAUGUUUAUACCAGUAAAUUGCUAUGAAGCACUACGAUCGGUUAUUUGUAAAUUGACAUUUUUUGUGUAUACAUGUGUGGCACUAAAUAAAAUACAAGUAAUAAUUA